AUGACCAGUGCUGCUGGUGGAACGACAACAAAACAAGCCUUUGGUCGACAUGGAUUUAUUGGCAGUUUAUAUGAUAUUCGUAGUGAUCGAUUUGAAGGUGGAAAUUUAUUCAACCGACCAUUGCCACCAUCAAUAGUUUUAACAACUGAUUCUGCCAACUCAGAUUAUAUUGUUGAUGAGAACCUGUCUCAAAAAGAGACGUUCAAUAAACUCAAUAUUGAAGCAUCCAUGAAAUUAAGUCUGUUGGCUGGUCUACUUAAAGUUGAAGGUUCAGCGAAAUAUUUAAAUCAAACAAAAACCGAUAGUCGAACAGUUCGAGUUACAUUUAUGCUAAAUUUCAAAACAAAACAAGAACAUUUACAGAUAAGUAGUGCUGAUUUAUACAAUUAUUUUUCAUCCGAUGCCUUAGAAAAUCGAAACGCAACACAUUGUGUUAUUGGCAUUAUAUGGGGAGCACGAGUUGCAGCAACAUUUGAACAAAUUCUGUCCAGUUCUGAAGCAGCCGAAGAGCUUCAGGGUCGUCUAGCAGUGUCAUUAAAAAAAGUCGCCAUUGAAGCAAGUGGUGAAGGUGGAUUGGAGCAUACGCAUAACGAAAAUUCUAAAUUUGAAUCAUUGAAAAUUAACUUUUCUGGUGAUAUUUUGAUAGAAGAUGUUCCACAUACCAUCGAUGAUGUUUUCAAUAUAUUUAAAAAGGUACCAUCUCUAUUAAAAAAGUUAAAUGAUGGAAAAGGACAACAGCUGGAAUUUGAAUUAUAUCCAUUGCAACGAAUGGCAGAAAUUUUCAAACAUGAAUUACGCAUUCAACGAAUGAUCAAAGAAGUAAGCAACAGCGUAGUGACUCGUAUUGAAAAUAUUUUUGAACAAAUCAUUCAAGGAAAACGAAUGAUGAAUGAUUUUCUUGGCACAAUUGAACCGUGGAAAAAUUGGAUUUUGUCGGAUUGGAUUGAAAUAAUAUAUGUUCGACAACAACAGUUGGCAGGUGUCGAAUUAGAAACACAACGUCAACUUGCCUCAUUACUUGAAAAUAUUCGUCGCGGUGAGACUGAUGAAAAAACAAUGGUUGACUUAUUGGAUAAAUUCGAAGAGGAAAAUCCAUGUUCUGUUAUGUCAAUUAAAAAUUUUCUCAAAUCGAAUGCAUAUAUAAUGAGUAAAAUUGAAUCUUUAAGUGAAUUUGAUCAACAAGUGCUAGAUGAAAUACAUGAAAAAACACCUAAAACACCAAAUCCAACAAUUCUCUUAAAGAAUUUAAAAUCGAUCGAUGAUUUUGUUCAAAAAUAUUAUGAUAAUGAUAUUUAUUUAUUACAUAUUUCAAAUGAAUGGGAAGAGAAAAAUCGAGUGAAUUGGUACAAACAAUUGCGAUGCUUCACAUAUUUGUACAAGCUUGGACAGAAGAGUGAAGUGAAAAAAGAUAUUUUUCGCGUGAUCGAUCAUGAUUUACACGUCGGUUUGGAUCACAAACCUGACACUUGUGUUAUUUAUCAUGCUCAUCGAGGCAUUAUUACGACAAAAGAUUAUUAUCAUAUGUCGUUAACACAAUUAUCGUUGCAACAAAUACGAGAUAUUAAGAUAGAAAAUAAAUUUUUAACAUUGAGCAAUACAGACAUCGAAAAAUGGCAUAAAGAAUUCAUUGAAUCACAUCCUAAUGGAGAAUUGAACGAAAAUGAAUGGGUUGCUGAAUUUCAAAAGCUCUAUCCAAAAGGUGACCCACGACAUUUCUGUAACCUUUCAUUUCCAAUUAUCGAUAGAGAUCAUAAUGGUUUCAUAAGUUUUGUCGAAUUCAUGUCAGCAAUUUCUUUAGCAUUACCCAGCGAUAUGGAAAAAAAAGUAACAUUGGUUUUUGCAAUAUGUGCUCAUAAUAAUGACGAAGUGGAUAGAGAAGCAUUGAUUCAAUUUUUGGAAGCGGUAAUUCAAUUGAAAGAUCGAACAGACUCAACUGAUACGAACGUGACAAAAUCAAUUGUGAACAAUAUCAUGAAAUUUCACAAUCGAAAGAACAAUGAAAAGAUAACAAGAGAAGAAUUCAUCAGUUGUUUGAAGGCAAAUUACGAAUGGUGUAUGGCAUUCUUGCCGACCUUACCAACAUUGUCGAUUUCAUCACAUUAUCAACGCAAUGAAAAUGCGGCAAAGCCGCUGUGUAAAUGGGGAUCACAGUGUCGACAACGUAGAGAUCAUUCACAUUGCAAACUCUUUUACCAUCCUGCUGAUCAACGAGAUGAAAGCGACCAAGAAGAAAACGUUGACCGUACGCCAUGUGGAUGGGGCUCUGAUUGUACCGAUCAAAGUCGUGAACAUCGAGCAAAAUUUUCACAUUCCCGAGAUGGCAAACAACAAGAUCAUAAGCGCAAGCGUUGUUUUAACGGUGUAAAUUGUCUUCUACAAUUUUCAGAAAAAGGAACUAAUCACAAUUUAAAAUACUCACAUCCAUGUCGAUUUGCUGAACUCUGUCGACAUCCAGAGGAACACUUGACGCACGAGCCCCAUCAAGUACCCAAUUGUAAAUUCGACAAGAACUGUAGAAAUUUAGAUGAUCCAAUUCAUCGAUCUCGGUAUCGUCAUACAGACUUACCGUAUUUUCUUAUACCAUGUCGUGGUCAACAUCGGUGUCACAACACAUUGAACGAACACCUAAUCAAAUUUUCGCAUGGUGAAGAAGUUUUUGAAACGAAAGAAAGAACACAGAAUAGUGAUCAUAAUCAACGAAAGCCAUGCAAAUGGGGCUCGCAAUGCCGUGAUAUUGCAGAUGCAACACAUCGUAAAGAAUAUUCUCAUUCAUCGAAGACUCAACAUGAGAACGAUCAUCGUAUUCCUUGUCAAUGGAAGGCGCAAUGCCAUGAUCACACCAAUCAUCAUCGAGCAAAAUUUUCGCAUCCAUCGACUUGA